GACGAGCGCCGACCAAUGCGAGAGAGCGGGGGGCGGGGCUGCCGCGGGUCGGGUUUGGUUGCAAAGUGCACCCAUAACACGGCGGCUGCUGCAGAGUGUGGAGUGGAGCAGCGGUCAGGACGGGAGCGGGGCCGACGGCAGAGGAGGCCGGGACAUCGGGGGGUUAGCGACCGGGGUGAAGUGCAAGGAGGAGCGAUGUCUGGUGCUAAUGAUGAGGACAUCCCGCAGGUGGAGAGAAAGACGGUCACUGAUUUCUGCUACUUACUGGAUAAGUCUAAGCAGCUCUUCAAUGGCCUGAGGGACUUGCCUCAGUACGGACAGAAGCAGUGGCAGUCAUACUUCGGAAGGACUUUUGAUGUCUACACAAAGCUGUGGAAAUUUCAGCAGCAGCACAGACAAGUCCUCGACAAUCGGUAUGGACUCAAGCGCUGGCAGAUCGGAGAAAUUGCCUCAAAAAUCGGCCAGCUGUACUACCACUAUUAUCUUCGCACAUCAGAGACUAGUUACCUUAAUGAAGCAUUCUCUUUUUACUCUGCGAUUAGACAGCGUUCCUACUAUUCCCAGGUCACUAAAGAGGACAGGCCGGAGUUGGUUGUGAAGAAAUUGCGGUACUAUGCCCGCUUCAUCGUCGUCUGCCUCUUACUCAAUAAAAUGGAUGUUGUUAAAGACCUAGUCAAGGAGCUGUCAGACGAAAUUGAAGACUACACACAUCGCUUCAACACAGAGGAUCAGCUGGAGUGGAACCUCGUACUCCAGGAGGUGGCUGCGUUUAUAGAGGCAGACCCCGUGAUGGUUUUGAAUGAUGACAACACCAUUGUAAUAAUUUCAAAUCGUCUGGCGGAGAGCACCGGACCUGUGCUGGAACAGGGCAUGGUGGUGGGACAGCUAAUGCUGGCUGAUGCUCUCAUCAUCGGCAACUGCAAUAAUCAGGUGAAGUUCAGUGAGCUGACAAUUGACAUGUUCCGAAUGUUACAAGCUUUGGAGAGAGAACCAAUGAAUCUCACUUCUCAGAUGAAUAAACCAGGAUUGCAGGACCCUACAGAGAAGCCAACAAAACGAGAAAACCCUCAUAAAUACCUUCUCUAUAAGCCUACCUUCAGUCAGCUCUAUACCUUCCUUGCGGCAUCUUUCAAGGAGCUGCCUGCGAACAGCGCGCUUCUGAUUUAUCUGUCAGCCACAGGAGUCUUCCCAACAGGUCGCUCUGACUAUGAAGGUCCCUAUGAUUUCGGAGGAGUCCUUACCAACAGCAAUCGAGAUGUUGUCAAUGGGGAUGCUUUACACAAGAGGAAUCAGACCAACAAAGAGAUGCACUGCCUCCAUCCUGGAGAUCUCUACCCCUUCACCAGGAAACCCUUAUUUAUCAUUGUAGAUUCAUCUAACAGCGUGGCGUACAAGAAUUUCACCAAUUUGUUUGGACAGCCCCUGGUGUGCCUGCUUUCCCCAACUGCAUACCCAAAGGCUUUACAAGAUCACUCUCAACGUGGGAGUCUUUUCACCCUCUUCUUAAAUAAUCCACUUAUGGCAUUCCUAUUCAUAUCUGGCUUAUCCAGCAUGCGCAAAGGGCUCUGGGACAAAUGUCAGGAACACCUACGAAAAAUCAACAGGGAUAUUGCCCAUCUCUUGACGCAUUCCAGAUCCAUAGACCAGGCAUUCCUUCAGUUUUUUGGAGAUGAAUUCUUGCGUUUACUCCUUACAAGAUUCAUAUUUUGUUCGGUAACUCUUAGAAUGCACAAAAGUUUCAAGGAAACUAGGAAUUACCCAGAAACCUACCCUCCUCUUCCUCGGGAUGAAAUGGUGGAGAACCUUCAUCUGCAGAAACAGAUUUUGGAAUUGGCCUCCAUAUUAGAUGUGAGGAACCUAUUCCUGGAAAGCACCAUGGAUGAAUAUUAAAUACCACUUUUACUUGAACAUUUUGUGACUUUUUAAAGCCACAGACACUGGAAGGUGCUUCUUCUUUUUCUUCUUUUUCUUCUUUUUGUUUUACGUGCUACGUCAAAUCUCUUAUACAGAGUAAUUGGCCCUUUUUGCUUUGUAAGUUCAAAGCUUUGGUUCUGAAACAAGCACCUCCCUGAGAAAGGUACAGAGAAGCUGUGUCUGCACUUUCCCUGCCUCGUUCCCGUAUGUUCAGUAGUGUGGCACAUAGUGCUUGUGUUUUUUCGCUUGCAGGUCAAUGGCAGUAGUUUUCCUGCGCAUGAUGUUUUAGGUGUUCUGUCCUGGAAUGAUGAAAUAUCCCUCCUCCCCCACAGCAUGGAGAAUUUGCUUUAUGAAGACAGAGGAGGAAAGAGUUUAAACACCACAGAACAAUGGCUCUUCAGGAUACAGUUUUUAAACACCCUGUUACCGUACUGCGUCAAAAAAAAAAAAAGGCUGUCAUUCACAUGCAGCCAUAUUGGCUUAUAUAGCCUUUGUAUUUUCAUAUUGCUGGACUAUUAACUAUGUUUACGAUGGUACUUUACAACUCCUAAUGUUAGUCAAUUAUACAUGAGGCAUUCGGGUGAAGGCACAGUUUCAGUGAUAAUAUUAAACAUUUUUUAUUUACAUCCUU